AUGUUAUGUUUUGGCAACAGACCGACGAUCGUGAUUCACCAGUUUGGGCGCGGCCCCCGGGCCCCUAGCCUCAGCCCCUUUGUGGUCAAACUGGAAACAUACAUGAGGAUGGCCAAACUGGAAUACACGAGUGAAUUCGGGAUGAAGAUGUCCUCGAAGGGCAAGAUUCCCUGGAUGACCUGCAAUGGCAAGGUUGUGGCGGACUCCCAGCUCUGUAUCGACUUCCUCAACAAGGAGAUGGGAAUUGACCUCAGCGCACAUUUGACCCCAGAGGAACGAGCGAUCGCACGUGCAUUUCAAAAAAUGGUGGAAGAAAACUCUUAUUGGGUCAUGGCGCUUACUCGGUUUGUCUUCGACAACAAGGAGUUUCUUGGCAAGGUGGUCGGUCUACCGAAAAUAUUCAUAUGGAUUGCGGGUAUAAAGAUCAAGACGAUGUCAUGUGGUCAAGGAAUCGGUCGUCAUAGCUACAAAGAACUGAUUGACAUCCUAGAAGGCGAUUUAAGGGCGUUAUCUGUUUUCCUAGGUGAUAAAAGAUUCCUGUUUGGAGACAGACCGUGUGAAGCGGACGCUGCCAUAUUCGGACAGUUGUCUCAGUUCAGGUGGCAUAACCCAGGAGCUCCAGGCGAGAAAUUUGUCACAGAAACAUUUUCCAAUCUGCGAGACUACUGUGAACGCAUGAAAACCAUGUUCUGGCCGGACUGGGAUGAAUGCAUCACACAUGACAGAACCACGAAACCGUCCAAGUAACGAAAUGGCGUCACUGGAGGAAAGAGACGUAUUAAAACUGGGCGCUCGUUUAGUAUUCCAAUACCGGUCCUCGGUGGUGUAAUGGAUUAAAAACUUGUGAUUAAUGGGUUCACAGCCUGGUACCGGCUCCUACCCAGAGCGAGGUGUGACCAGGCAUGGCGUGUGAGUGUGUGUGUGUGGGGGGGGGGGGGGGGGGGGGGGAGCUUGGGCGUACUCUAUUCCCCCAAGAAUUCUGAAUAAAAAAUAUUAUUGGUAGUAAAUCUUAAGGCAGAGAUUAAUUUUACUUGUAGAAUGCAGGAAAUUCCAUUUCAGGACAUCUAGUUUCAAAAUUUUACAGGAUACACUUAAUCCCCUUAGAAAUUGUGCUUUGCGCCCUCGAUCUCAGUCCCCCCCCCCCCCCCCCCCCCCCGCAUAUCUAUUUGCUUCCGCCGUGCCUGGUGACGCCAUUACGCCGGCUGCUUUUUCACUAACCAGUAACAACUAACCACUAACUCGCUUUCCUAGAGAGACAUCCCAGAUAGCUGACGUGCUUGAACCGUGGUUGGAUAUCAGCUCUAAAAUAAGUUGAAAUGAAAUGAAGUCAUUGUUGUAAAAUGUUUAGUGUGCGCACCUUAGUGUUCUUAGUGACGUCACACAAUGCGGGAGUGAAUCUAGCGGAUGGUGUUGCGGAACUGCCGCCCCCUCCACCGACUACAUGCACACCUGUGUAAUACUAAAGGGAACGCCACACGACGCGAGUGCACCGUACAACCAUAGCCACGCGAUUAACCGAUUGCUCAGCCACUUCUGAAAUCGUAAUGCUAUUCUCAUCAAUGGGCUAUUCAGGGGCGUAGCGUAAGCUGGACCUGGAUGGGGGUGGGGGUGGGGUGGGGUGGGGUGGGGGUGGAUUCGAAUAUGAACCAAGUGGACCUUUUCUAUUUUGUUUUUGCACCACCAGAAACUCCUUAUGUAUAAACCUGUAUGUUUUAGUUCUGAAAGCGGACCCUUUGCUUCACCAUUCGUCCGACACCCCCCCCCCCCCCCCAGCCUACGCCCCUGACUAUUCUUGCUCUGGAAAUGGCUUUACGGCACUCUUUGUACUCUUAACCUUUUUUCUCUAUUGUUUUCUUUUCUUUUACCGGCCUCGGUGGCGUCGUGGUUAGGCCAUCGGUCUACAGGCUGGUAGGUACUGGGUUCGGAUCCCAGCCGAGGCAUGGGAUUUUUAAUCCAGAU